GGUGGCGGCGGCGCCUCAGACUCAUGAGGAGCCGGAAGCUUACAGACGGGGUGCGCUCUUCAGCACGCCUAAGGAGCAAAAACUGUCCAGCCACCAGAGCUGCCUCCGCUCAAGAAGUUGAUGUCUCCAAAUCUACAAAAACAGUGUGUUUGGCUUCAUCUCACAAAGCAACUGAGAGACGUACUUCCAAGACACUCAAGUAUGAAAAAGAUGGUUUCACCAAGACAGAAUUACAAGAACUAAAAGCCAAAAAGGAAAAAACUUCUUUGCCAAAAACUGCAUCUGAAAUCUCGAGUGAAAAUGAGUCUUUGGUGUAUGCUGAACACAAAGCAUUGCUGCUGAGUAAUGAAGCAAAUACUUCCAAGAUUUAUGAACAGCAAGCAGAAAGGAAUGAAAACGGCCUUUCUCAUCAUGGCCACUCUAGAGAUGGGGAGAACAGCUGCUUAGCAAAGACUGACAAUGACUUGGCCCUGCCCAAAUGUAAAGAAAACCUGGUGGAAGAAGAUGUCUUUAAUCACAGUACUGCUCUGCUUGGGGAGGCUGGACCAGAGGCAGCAGAUCUCCAGAAGACACCAGCACACAUAGAUAGUAGCAUCUUUUUAGAUGAAGACAGCAAUCAGCCAAUGCCUGUGAAUCGAUUCUUUGGAAAUGUCGAACUCAUGCAAGACCUUCCUCCAGUCUCUCCACCUUGUCCCUCCAUGAGUAGACGGGAAUUCAGAAAAAUGCACUUCAGAGCCAAAGAUGAUGAUGAUGAUGAUGCAGAAAUGUAGAUAUUUAAUAAAACAUUAUAAAAUUCUAUCUCUAUUUUUUAUACAUUAGGUACAGUUACAAUGUCAUGCUAUUACAAAUGAUUCUAAUUGCCACAUGUCAGUAUCAAUAUAAAAUCCAUCCCCCUGGGAACUUUCUAGCUUAAAGUAAGCUAGGUGAAUUUUGCUACUCCUCGUUGACAAGUUCUAAACUAUUGUAGGAAACUGAGGUGAACUUGCAGAUUGUGGAGCUUCUAUUUUUUCUUUGGGGGAUGAUUGCACAGAAGAAUUUGUAUUACUUUAUUUUAAACUGUGGCAGCUCCUAUUCUUGAGACGUCUAUACCUUCUGUGAAAGGAGGGUAUAUUAUUUUUUAUAAUAAAUUAUGCUUUGGGUAAACCUAGGUAGGGCUAAGAAAAAGUGGCACAUUUAUAAAUAUUAAAAUGGCAUUUAAAAUUUGUUUUUACAGUGUAUAAACAAGCUUCUGUUCUGCAACUAGUCUGGGUUAUUUGAUAAUUCUUACAGUUACCUGAUAAAUUCACCCACUAGUGAAUUUUGUGCUUUUGUUGUUUCCAUAUACAACUGGAACUAGUGGUUACUUUAGAUGUUUUAAGUUUGCAAAGGAAGUCUUUAACACAGGAAAAAUAGAAGAUGCUUUUUGACAUUUUAUUUUAAGAAACUUUCAUUUUGUCCCUAAGUGGAGAGGUAUGUAUUAUUCCUACCAGAAAUAUUUGACACAUUCAUAGAGAGAGCAAUUACUUGACUAAAAACUGAGUGUUAAUUUCUUACUCUGGAGGAUUUGACUAGUAUUAGGUCUCUUGCACCCAUUAAAGAACCUCAGACAAGGAGACUGGAAUGAAAGUACAUCUCCACUUCAAGGGAAAAACCCCUUUCACUUUUCAGUGUGGGUAGGUAGGGGACUUUUUUUCCUUUCUAUCCAAUAUAUAUUUGUGUAAGUUGUUACAAGUAAAAAAAAAAAUAGUAAAUAAUGUUUAAUACUCUAAUUACUUCCCUAACUUCAUAUGUAGAGUAGUUUGAUAGCAAAUUAAGAUAAAGAGGAAUUUUUCAACCUCAUGCCAUAUGCAAAUCAAAAUAUUUGCUCUGGUUGACUCUUAUUUUACUCCCAGCAGCCAGUUUCUUUUCGAUUUGAUUAUUUUCCCAUUAGGAGAUGUGACCUUCACUUACUCCAAAUAAUUCUGUGAUUUAUUGGUCAAUGAACGACAAUACAUUUAAUAACUUGGACAUGUUGCUUAUAAUCCAUUCAUGUUAUGAUAGCUUGGAAAAAUAAUUUACAGUUUGAAAUUACUGCAUGAACUUGACUAUUAAUCAUAACACCUCUCACUGGUGGUAAUUGGGUUGCCUCAAAAUUUUAGAAUUUUAUGUUUGCUCUAUUAGUUUCUGUACUUUUUUUUUAAUUAAAUCAGAAUGUUACCUACCAGUACGCUCAUUGUUAUUGCUAUGUUCCAAUAAAGUUAUAUUGAAAAAAUUGUA